UGGACAAAGAAAACGCAACCACACUGCAAUUUACAAUAAAUGAAUAAUAAUAUUUAAAAAUCAGGCUCUACAUGCAGAAGAAGAAGAAAGGAAAAACACCAUCAAAUGCUGGCGACGAAAUAAAAUUGUUAUUACAUAUAAUACUUUUUGUUUUUAUUUUAUUUUUCUUUUCUUUCUAGAUAAGCCCAGUAAUUCGUCUGUAACAUUUUCCCAACAAAACCCUCAAAUUGGGAAAGUUUCAAAACUUUCCCAAGAAAAUAUCCUCGUCAUGGAGAAACUAACUUCUCUGUAAAUAUUUUCCAAUUCGUUGAUUUUUUUUUUCUUUUUAGUUUUUUUUUGGUCGUAAUUUGACUAUUCAAAGAUCUGAACCGGCAAUGGCGUGGAACGUGUUCAAGUUCUGUACGGCGCUGCGAGCGCUCGGCUCCAUCAUGAUCGUCUUCGUCCUUGGCAUAAUCUGCCUCACCUAUUACGCCGUCGUUUUAGCCGAUUUUGGACCCGCUCUCUUUCUCGGAGGUCUUGAUUCCCUCACUGCUUUCGCUGUCUUGCUUUUGUUCCAUUUUCUGUUGGUGAUGUUAUUGUGGAGCUACUUUGCUGUUGUUCUGACUGAUCCUGGUGGUGUUCCUCCGAAUUGGAAGCCUGCAAUAGAUGAGGAGAGAGGCGACACAGAUCCGUUGGUGGGGUCAGAAUACAAUCGAGAAGGUUUCAAUUUGAACCAAUUGACUAUGCUUGGUGAUCCUGCAAAUGAAAGAAUUCGUUUUUGUAGAAAGUGCAACCAGUAUAAACCUCCUCGAUGCCAUCAUUGUUCUGUUUGUGGAAGGUGUAUAUUGAAAAUGGACCAUCAUUGUGUAUGGGUCGUCAAUUGUGUCGGGGCAUUGAAUUAUAAGUACUUCCUUCUCUUCUUGUUUUAUACAUUUCUUGAGACAGCUCUUGUCACUUUAUCGCUAUUGCCGUAUUUUAUAUCAUUUUUUACUGGUGGUGAGCUACCUGGAACACCUGGCACCCUUGCGGCAACUUUUAUAACAUUUGUUUUGAACUUGGCAUUUUCAUUGAGUGUUAUGGGCUUUAUGAUUAUGCAUUUAUCAUUGGUUGCAGCUAACACCACCACGAUUGAGGCUUAUGAAAAGAAAACUAAUCCUAAAUGGCAAUAUGACCUUGGUCGAAAGAAAAAUUUUCAACAGCAGGUGUUUGGGUUGGAUAAGAGGUAUUGGUUCAUCCCUGCAUAUUCAGAUGAUGAUUUGAGACGUAUUCCGGCACUGCAGGGUCUUGAAUAUCCAACAAAGCCAGAGUUGAAUGCACUCCAGCAUUUCUAAGUCUUCCGACCAUAGACAGCAACACAAGGAUAUGAAGUAGCAGUUCUUCAUGCCUAUAUACAGAAUCGCCACUUACACUAAAAAAUUGUGCUUGCCAAUGACACUGUUCACCUAUGUGCAGGCAUCAGCUCAGGCCAAGACUUUUAGCUGAUGGGAUGCAGCCGGUCGAAUAUCUUUUGGAAAAAUGGCUGGAUUGGUGAACUUUCAUAGAUGUAAGAAUAGAAAAUUUCAUUGUUUAGGUGGUCUUAUAUUGGGUAACAUUGAUAAUUAAACAAUACUUGCUGAAAGUUGGGAUUUUGUAAAAAGGAUGAACUAACUUCAUAUAGGAUCAUGACGAAUCUCGGUGAUUGUUUGAUGAUAAAUACCAUACAUUUCAAAGUGGCCAUAAAAAAAAAAAAAAAUAUGUGGUCGUUUAAAAGAUUUAUUUAUAAUGAGAUAAUAAAUGAUUUAUGAACAUGGA